GCAUUGUGACCCGGUCAAGGCAAGCUCCGAAAGGCGCCCUAGCUGGUUCGUUGUUUAUUGCAUUGACUACGACGCGAAACGUAGCUUGUCGUUUACCGAUGAAGGAGACUCAGGAGAGGAGAGAAGUGAGCAUUCCCGCCAAUUGCCUGAUCAUUUCGAGGGUCUCAACAUCUUGUCCUUCGGCUGUCAGCCAUUAAUUAAUCACUGUGGGAUCUGUUAUCCGCCAUGUCGGGUACGGUUCUGCAUCUGCGGAACUCUAGGGUUUCUGGUGUACUUCUCAUCUCUGUGAUUUUCUUUAGCUAUUUUCACGGAUUUGUAUUGUCUGCAUCUGUCACACUAAAUUCGAUUGAAAUCUUUAAAACCCAUAAUUGGCUGAAGGUCACUCCAACUGUUUAUUUCCUAUGCAAGGAGGAGAACAAGACGGUACUGCCGGAUGUCAAGAAAGCGCAUCUUUUGUAUACUUUUAAGGGUGAAGAAUCAUGGCAGCCUUUGACUAACUUCUCGAGUACAAAGUGCCAGCGAUGUGGAAUUUAUGAAGAAAACAGUAUUAUUUCAGAUGACGCAUAUGACGAAUGGGAGCUUUGUCCUUCCGAUUUUCACGCCCCUUAUGGCAUGUACGUUCAUUUCAAGAAGAAGGAAUUUAAUGCCUCUUUUCUGUGCCCAGAAUGCUUAUCUUUCUUUAAUGCGUCUAGCCCAGCAUCUGAGGUGCAUGAUAGUGGAAAAGGAAUGCAAAUAGCAGUCGUGGUUUUGCUAAGUUCUUUAAUAACCGCUAUGCUUAUAAUCGGAAUGGUGGCUUCAUACAAGUACUGGCAAAAGAAGAAGAGGGAGAAGGAGCAGGCUCGGUUUGUAAAAUUAUUUGAAGAUGGAGAUGACAUUGAAGCUGAACUGGGCCUUGGCUCUAUCAUCUAACAGAUGAUAAGUGAGAAGCAUUGUGCAAAUGUUGAUACCCAUGUAAAAAUGUCAUGAAUAGGUGCCUACUGGCUACUGCUCAACAAUCAAGCAAAAUUCAGUAUCUUCACCUCACAAAUUUAGAUUAGUCACCUUCCAGCACCAACGGAAGUUAUUUACCGACUCUGCUUUAAGGCACCUCAGCAAAUGGAGUUUAGGACCAAAAACAAUAGUAAAAUGAUAUGGCUUUCCCGGCAGCAAUGCGCUCGAUCAUUGACAAAACCUUUUUCUCAUCACAUAUUAUCAUGCAACAUUACACAAUGAAGAACUCUAUAGUCUAUACUGCUGCAUUGAAGUGCAGCGAAAAUUCCCCAGAACACGUAUGGGAGAAGAGAGGACAAUGUGGAAUUUCAUGUAAAUGCGUGGCUAUUCUGGCAUUACGAUGUUUCUUGUUCAUCGGUAUACUAUGAAAUAUAACGAUUUCCCUA